AUGAAUGUGUCUACUCGUAUUUGGAACCCACAAGUCCUCCCAGUCGUUGGAGAGAAUAUCACACUUGCCUGCAUUUAUACGCCACCAUCCACGUCUCGGCUACUGUCUUGGCAGGAUGAGAACGGCAAUAUACUGGCUAUCGAUAAAUGUCAAGGAGUUGGAUGCAGCAACGAGCUAAAUGCUCCAGAUGUAUCAAAGUACAGUUUGAAGGCAGAUUCUUCCAGCGGAAAUCUAACUAUUAGGGAUUUAACAUUGGAUGACAGCGGCAGAUACCAGUGCUUAGUAGGCACUUUUUCUGAUGCAGCUUCCGAUGCGAUUGAUCUGAAAGUGGUGCUAUCAGCCGAACCUAGAUUGCUAUCCAUCACUGACGGCCGGACUGAGAAUGGAUACAAGAAUGGAGAAUCAGUGAGCAUCACAUCUGGGCGAACCCACAACCUAACAUGUUCAGUCCAAGACGCUAGACCACCUGCAAAACUAGAAUGGCACAUUCCUGAAGAAGUGCAGGUUCAACUGAAAGAUCAGUAUAACGCUGUUCAUGGUGACGCUUACACCUCUCGAAGAGUUGUUUCCGUAACUCCGUCCAGGGACGAUGAUGGAAAGGUUUUCCGCUGUGUGGCAUCGCAUCGAGAGCUGGAUAAUGAGCUUCAAAUAUUCAUCCAAUUAGAUGUUCAAGUACCACCAAAUGACCUCCAGCUUACCGCGUAUGGAUCCAUAGCUAUCAAUGUAACAGAGACACGAAGUGUCAACGUAUUUGAAGAUUCUGCAACAUCAUUCACCUGCAAUAGUGUAGGAUCUCGUCCAAAAGCUGUUAUAUCAUGGAUCAUUGGUUCGGACGACGACCUAGGAAGCACGACAUCUACAUCUACCACGAAUGAGGCCGACCAAAGUCUACGUGACACGAAGUCCAUUCUACAGUUGAUUCCAAGGAGGAGGCAUCACAAUAAACUCCUUCGAUGUGUGGCCCAUGCUGGUAUAAAUCAAAGUCACACAGAAGUGAGGGUUAUAGUGUUUGGACCACCGGAUUCUCCCUACCUAAGUGGAAUGGAAUGGUUGCAGGAUGGAGUGUCAUCAAACAUGACUUGCACAUCCAACAAUGGCUACCCAGCACCAACCUUCCAGUGGUACCUUGGAUCGAAGAACGUUACCAAAGAUUCUAAUACAGAGUCUUCGAGGAAUAUAGAUCAUCGACUGGAUGCCAUAAGCGUUUUAAAUUUCACACCCACCGUAGACGAAGAUGAUUCUCCUGCCAUUGUGGACUACUCUGUUCGUCGGGUUUACAUUGGUCACCACAAUGUUGAUGCCAUGCUUACAUGUAUUUCAGAAAGCAGACCCCUAGCCUCAAUAACCUGGUUCUUGAAUGGCAAGGAACUCAUCAAUGGCACCCGCCAUCACAUUCACCACAGUCAUCCACAAGAAGAUACCUUAAGUUGGUUCAUUAUCACUAGUGUAAGAUCGAGCAGCUACCUGAGCAACACCAGUGUUACGGUAUCAGCUGAACAGCCGUACGACAUCACAUGUGAAGCAUACGGAGCAAGACCUCCAUCGUUACUGGAAUGGCGUAUACCAGAUGAUGUAACCGUUGUUCGUCAAGAUCAAUCUGAUGUCGUACGAGGCAAAAGCUAUGUCUCUCAGAACACUGUUACAAUCACACCAUCUAGGAAUGAACAAGGAAAGAAUCUCGGCUGCGUAGCGUCACAUCCAAAACUACACAAUGAUCUUCAACGCUCAGUUCAACUGAAUGUUCAGGCCACACCUAGCUUCCUAUCCAUCACCGAUGAUAAGUCUGAGGAUGGAUACAAGAAUGGAUCAUCCGUGAGCAUCAUAUCUGGGCGAACCCACAACCUAACAUGUUCAGUCCGAGACGCUAAACCACCUGCAAAACUGAAGUGGCUGAUUCCUGAAGAAGUGCAGGCUCGCCUGGAAGAUCAGUAUAACGCUGUAUAUGUACCGCCAAGUGACCUCCGGCUUACCGCCUACGUGUCCAUAGCCACCAGUCCAACAGAGACAAACAGUGUCAUAGUCUUUGAACACUCGGCAACAUCAUUCACCUGCAAGAGUGUAGGAUCUCGCCCUUCAGCUGUUAUAUCAUGGAUUAUUGGUUCGGACGACGACCUAGGAAGCAUGACAUAUACAUCCACCAACAAUCUGGCCGACCCAGGUUUACGUGACACAACAUCUAAUCUACAGUUAAUUCCAAAGAGGAGGCAUCACAAUCAAUUUCUCAGAUGUGUGGCCGAUAUUGGUAUGAACCAACUUCAAACAGAAGUGCGGGUUAUCGUCCAUGGUGAGUAUUCUGGUCAAAAGAGCGUUGAUGCCAUUCUCACAUGCACAUCAGAUAGCAGACCCCUGGCCUCAAUAACCUGGUUUUCUAAUGGCGCGGAGAUCAACAACAGCAACCGCCAUCAGAUUCACCACAGUCUUCUUCAAGAAGAUACCUUGAGGGAGUCCGGAUCCACCGUAUUGGUUCAUCGUCGAUCUAAACCAGACGACAUCAUCUACUCUCUUCGUAGCUUGGCAACCUAG